AUGUCCAAAGCGAACGUCGGUCUCCUCGUGCGCGAGCCGAAGCAGAAGAAACUCGCCCCUGCGGCGCCUGUGGAGCUGUGGGAGCCUGAACGGGGAGAGGUUCGUAUUCGUGUUGAAGCGGCAGGGCAGAACCCAGCAGAUUGGAAGCAACUGGAUUGGAACUUCGCCGUGCCUUCCUUCCCCUUCAUACUUGGUGUCGACGUUGCCGGCGUGGUAGACAAGCUAGGUGACGGAGUAACCAAAUUCAAAGUUGGUGAUCGAGUCAUGACAAUGACCCAUUUCGGUGCAGCAAGCAAGCACGGGGUAUACCAGAAGUACAGCGUCGUUACGGCCGAUGCUACGAUUUCCAUUCCUGACAGUUUCACCUUCGACCAAGCAGCUACGAUACCCGCAGGUUUCUGGACGGCAGCAUUGGGGAUAUUCACCCUCAUCCAGAUCCCACUCCCGCUCUCCCAGGCUAAGAGGGUGUACCCCAAGGUGGAGGGAGAGCCGUUCCUCGUCUGGGGCGGGAGCGGGACUGUCGGAGCGCUCACUGUCCAGCUCGCGGCAAUUUCGGGGUUUAAUGUGGUUGCUACUGCCAGUCCGAGGAACUUCGAGUAUGUCAAGAGCUUGGGGGCGGCCAAAGUCCUGGAUUAUCAUGAUGCAGAUAUUGUCGACCAGAUCAGAGCUGUUACUCCCAACCUUCGGUAUGCAUUUGAUGCUAUCUGUGAUAACGGAUCGACUGCAGCAAUGCUUCCGUCUCUCUCCCACAGUAAUCCAGAGGCCGCCAUCAUCAACGAUAUCAAGGAUCCCGUCCCUUCCAACGUAAAGAUUCACAGAGUUGGAGUGGGAGCCGUAUACAGAGAGGAAAAAGCAGAGGAGCGCGCCAGAUUGCUCGAGUUGUGGGAUGUACUGAUGAAAGAGAGCAAGAUCAAGCCUCUCCCGGUGAAGAUCAUGCCUGAUGGUUUGAAUUCCAUUGACGCCGGGUUUGACUUGAUGAGGCAGGGCAAAGUCUCAGGGCAGAAGAUAGUUUACCAUCCUUGGCAGACGAAGAUUUAA